AUGUCCAUCACCGGGCCUCGCACUGCCCCGAAGCGCUCACCUAGCGUUCUGGUCACCGAUGCGCGAGAAGUCCGCCAGUCGAAUCGCCCACAUCCUCAGCGCACCGGGACUCGCAUCAUCUCCGUCGACAACGUCCUCCAAUACGCGUCCGAUAUUCCCUCCGCACAGACUCGACUCCCGCCCAACCUCCGGCCAGCCUCACACGGUAGGACACCCUCCGGCCGACAUCCUCUCGACCCGAAGCUGCGUGGUCUUCCAACCGGAGGUGCGAUCAUCCCUGCUCGCAGCAGCAAAAUCAGUGAGAAGCUCGUGCUUCUACCGGAGACCGACGAGGGCUUGAACGAGGACGACGAUGAGUUUGACGAAGACGACGAGUCCGCUCCCCCGCGAGACGAAGAAUUAAAGAAGCGGAGGUUGUUUAAACGAGGAGGGAAGAGCGAUGCUGAGCGUCUUCCGAAAUCACAACGGAUCGCCGAUCCUCAGCUCGCCCGCGUCACGGCGUAUUGCACCGCACAGAGCUUCAAAUUACGCGCCGCUGCGACGUUCGUCCGAGAUCAGCAUGGAGCCAAGACCAAGCUCUACGACGACUGUUUGUACUGCGUAUAUCAGCUUCCUUUGUUGGGCGGCAGCGAUGGAAACCGGGUACGGAGUAGUCCUGUGGUACGGAAUCCCGGCGGACGGAGUGUGCUAGACGAACAAAUCGAAGCGAAUGAAAGGCGGCAGUAUCGGGAUGGAUGGCACGAGGAGAGCGAGGAGUAUUCGGUUCCGGAUCAUACGACAUACAUUGCAACAUCACCCCCGCAACGAGAAUCGGGAGCGGAAGAGGGCGUGGAUACACAGGAGGAAGCUGUCGAUGACAGCCGGGACGACUCCAUGACGGCGACGGAUGGCCGUGAGAUGGCCGAGUCAUGGGCUCGCGAGCAUGAAGAAUUCCGCCGGGAGAGCGGUAGUUCGUCAGCACCGAGUUUCCCAUCACCAUCACCGGGGAUCAACCCGGACGCGUAUACCACGGCCGAGCUCUUCAUCUUCAGCUACGGCGUGAUAGUAUUCUGGAACUUCACCGCCAACCAAGAAAAGGACCUCCUCGCCGACAUGACCUUCUCCUCCGCCGGCACGACCACCUCCAGCGGCAAACAAACGAGCCUCCUCUCUCAGAAAUCCUCCGCCAUCGACCAACCCCUCAACCUCCCCCUCUCCACCCGGCCCCUCGACGAAGACGACUUCGAGACGGAGGAGUUCCACUUCCAAUACGACGACGCCGCCGAGAAGCCGCGCAUCUACAACGACAUGAUCACCCUGCGCACCAGCGACCACAUGAUCAAACUCGCCAUGUCGCACGGCAUCGCGCAGUCCACCAAGCUCUGCUUCUUCGAGGAGCGCAUGCAUCAGACCAUGAGCGAGGCGCAGUAUGUUCCGCGCCGGCUGGCCCUCGAGGGCAGAUUGGGCAUGGACCGGAAGGAAGUCGUGGGCCUCGUGGGGAGAUUAUUCGAAGGACGGGUCGAUGUGAACCUCUCGAGCAACAUGCUCGACACGCCCAACUUCUUCUGGGACUCGGAGCCGACGCUGCACCCGCUCUACCAGGCCGUGCGCGAAUACCUCGAGAUCAAGCCGCGCAUCCAGGUCCUCAACGAGCGCUGCCAGGUCUUCCUCGACCUCGCGGAGAUCCUCUCGGACUCCAUCGCCGACGUCAAGAUGACGCGCAUCAACUGGAUCGUCAUCGCGCUCAUCGCCCUGAGCAUCGCCGUCACCGUCUGCGAGGUCGUCCUCCGCUUCACCAUCCUGGCCGCCAGCGGGAAGAAGAGGGCCGCGGGCAUCACCGUGCUCCGCGCCGCCUGGGCCGCCGCGCAGAAUGUCGGCCUCGUCCCCCCCGGACCGCCGGGAAGCCAUGUCGGCGGGCCCGGGCAGAUGGUGUUGGGGGCAGUGACGGGGAGUGAACUGUGA